AUGUCGCGAAGGUCACGGAGAAAUCCUGUAUGGGAGGUGCGAGCUUCAACGUUAGCUCGCAACACACGUAAUUUAAUACGAGAAAUUAUAGAAAAUCUUGAUGUCCAGCCCAACCCUGACAAGCAGCUGAUCGCACUUUCUGUCGGUGAUCCGACGACUUUUGGAAAUUUGAACCCUCCAGAUCAAGUUUUGCAAGCUGUUCGCGAAAGUAUUGAGUGGCACACGAGCAGGGGGUACGGCCCUGCUAAAGGUCACAUAGAAGCCAGGCAGGCGGUUGCUGAAUACAGCGCUCAUCAGGGGCACGUAACCGCUGAAGAUGUAGUGUUGUGUAGUGGUUGUUCACAUGCCAUAGAACUGGCCGUUUCAGUUUUGGCAGAUUCCGGGCAAAACGUUUUGGUACCUCGACCAGGGUUUAUGAUCUACAAGACGUUGGCAGAAGGUCUAGGAAUAGAUAUCAAAUAUUACAAUUUACUGUCUGAUCAACAAUGGAGGGUCGAUUUAGAUGAUUUGGAAAAUCAGAUAGAUGAUGACACAGCGGCUAUAAUUGUGAUUAACCCAUCGAAUCCUUGUGGAUCCGUGUACAGCAGGGAGCAUUUACAAGAUAUACUAGAAGUAGCAUCAAGGAACCGAUUGCCGAUAAUAGCUGACGAAAUAUACGAGCAUUUCGUUUUCUCUGAUCAUGAGUUUAUCUCUAUGUCGGCACUGUCUAAAGAUGUUCCUAUACUAACGUGCAGCGGCCUUACAAAGAGAUUUUUAGUACCCGGUUGGCGCAUGGGUUGGAUUGUCAUACAUGAUAGGAACAACAUAUUCGGAAAGGAAGUGAGGAAAGGACUAAACAAUUUGGCAACACGGAUUCUAGGUCCAAGUACUUUGAUUCAACGAGCUUUACCGACGAUAUUGAAAAAUACACCUCAAAGUUUUUUCGAUGAAGUCGUAUUAUUUAUAGAGAACCAAGCAAAAUUGGCUUACAAGGAAUUAGUACUCGCGCCAGGAUUACGCCCAAUAAUGCCUCAAGGUGCCAUGUACAUGAUGAUCGAAAUAAAAACAAACAAGUUUCCGGAAUUCAAAAACGAACUUCAAUUUGUGGAGAGGUUGAUGUCCGAGCAAUCGGUAUUCUGUUUACCUGGACAGUGCUUUGAAUUUCCCAACUACAUGAGGAUCGUCUUGACGGUACCAGAAGAGAUUUUACGAGAAGCAUGUCGUAGGAUAAUAAUAUUUUGUCAAGAGCAUGUAGUUUCAAGAGAAAAAAUUCUGGAAAUUGAUGAAAAUGUCGUUGUUUCGAGUGAAGCUGAGAUAAUACGAAAGAAAAGCUUAACGACAGUGACCUAAACCUACACAUUGUAAUAAUAUUCAAUACAUAUUUUGUGAUAAUGAAACUUGUAAGCAGUAACAAACGCAUCUUACUUAAAAAUCGCAAUGACUUGUAGGUCGAAAUUCAUUUCUAACUAGCGACCCGCCCUCGCUUCGCUUCCCUAUCAUUUAUUAUUGAUUUUAUUAAAUUUUCUUUUAUACAAAUCUGAACCUGAGAAAAUGAUGUAAUAUAGGAUAUUGUAUAGCGGAUUGUUUUUAGUACCACUAUUAAGUUCUACCACGUGGCUCUCAAAAUACUUUGUCAGCACUGCCAUUCCCCUAUCCCCUAUAUAUUGCCUAGUCACUUCUGGCUGCUUCUGGCAAUUCGUAGAGUUACAAAAUAUGUACUUUACGCCCUUUCAAUUGAUACACCGUUUCAAUUGAAGCCCACCAACGUAUUUUGCAACAGACAGGUGUUGGUAAAAGUUCAUUGUUUUUCAAUAUACUAACCUUGAACGUUGAAUAAAAUUUGCUUUUAAAGCUUCAAAUGACGUCAUUUGAAAGCAAUAAUAAUUAUUGUAUUGCUGGAUAUGAGUCCAAAAAUGCUUAGAAUCUGGUUUAUUUCCAAUGAAUGUCCCAUUUCCAAAGCAAUGAAUGUGGCUCCGGUGGCGGUAUCAAUUGCGUCAAUUUGACUUGACCGCUCGUACAACACUAUCCAGGAGCUUCAUUUUUAUACUUAAAUGCCUUGAAAUAUUGGCACACAACAUUUAUUGGUCCAAUAGCAACGGUUUGCCGUGAACUGUGAAAUUCAGUUUUUUUACAUCCUCGUAUUUUAUCAAUAACCUUCUCCUGGCAGUAAGAAACACAACAAAAAAAGAAUUUGCGCAAUCGGUCCAGCCAUUCUGGCGUGACGUCAUGACCAAGAGAAAUAAGGAUUCAUUUUUAUAUAUACAUAAUAUAUAGAUUUGUUGGUUAAAGAAUUUGAAUAAGAAAUUAUUAGAACAGUGAAAUUAGGCUCAAUAAAUAAGUUUUUUUUUUUUAAUUCGACGUAAUGUCACAUUUACCACUGUUAUAUUUGGGAACAAAUAAAUCAAAGAAUAGUUUAUUGUACAUAAUAAAAGUCUGGUAAAUCAUCUAACUACUUACUCGUCCAUUGUAAAAGAGAUCUGCAGAAUCUUUGACCAGGGCAUAAAUAUAGAACUUCUAUUCAAGAAGCUAUGGUGAUUUUUAAAUGUGUAGUUCGUACUGUAGUUAUUUUUUCGAAUUAUCGAGAUCACAGCAUUGUGGUUUUAUUGUUCAGACUUCGGAUUAGCUGCUCAAAAAUAAUGGUUCGGAAAUUAUUACGUUUUACUGUGUUCUGUGAGGGCCAUUUUUUUUUAUUCGAAAUAUAUUUUAAAAUUUUGACUUUUGUUAAUAAAAAAGUGUUUUUAAAACUGAUAUUUUUUGUGUAAUAUUAUUUGUCUAUUUCAUGAUACCAAGUCAUGACCCUUCGUGAAUGCCACCGCUUCUUUGAAACAA